GCAUAGCGAGGGGGGGCGGUCCUUUUAUUAUAAAUAGGGGGUCAUUUUCCCCCGAGAGGCAGAAAAGGCUGGAGAUUAAUAUCCAGAACUGAGGAUCAGUGUGACUCUUGUGCCUGAGCAGUGACAGCCUGACAGCAGGCCAUCGGAAAAUGGAGGUGGCAUUGCCUAAUGUGCAAACCGAAAUGCACCAUCCAUUUACUAAAUUCUCAGAAUGGAAGUUCAAGCUGUUUCGAGUGAAAUCCUUAGAGAGGAGAUCAUCUGAGGAGGAAACAGAGGGAAGUGAAGUCUCGUACAACAGCUCUCAAGAGACAUCCCCUGAGUCUACUGUGGUUUCAGAGGAUCUUAGUUUGGGGUCUACACCACAGUUACUCACAAAUCUCAAACCACAGGAAAGUGAGAAAUCAAAUGCCGUUGACAGCAAUGAAACAGACCUGAAAAGGUUGGGAGACGAGGCUCACGUUACAGCCAUACAGCAACUUUGCCGCAUAUGUGGUGCCUCUUUUAAAAUGGAUCAGCAGAACCGGAGCUAUCCUGUCCAUGGACCUGUGGACAGUGAAACUCAAGAUGUUCUAAGAAGAAGAGAAAGGAAGGUCACCUCUUGGCCUGAGCUCAUCUUAAAGGUCUUCAAGACUGAUGUGAGGGCUGAUGUCGAUACCAUUCAUCCCACUCGGUUUUGUCAUAAUUGCUGGACUAUAAUGAAUCAGAAAUUCAGCCAUAAUUCCAGUGAAGUUUAUUUUCCCCAUAAUCAAGCUGUAGAGUGGACACCUCAUUCAGCUGCCUGUAAUGUAUGUCACUCUUCCAAACCCUGGGGCAAAAGAAAGGGCGCACCACAGCUAAACCCAAACAAGAUGAAAAAGCGCAAAACCAGACCCGAGUUUGUUAAAAAGACAAAGACCCCCUCAAGCCACUCGAUCCAGUGGAAAAGCAACAAAGCUUUGCACCAGAUGAAGGACAGCUGCAAGAAAAUCCAUCUUGACACCAAUCUCCUGGUGGUGGACUAUCCAUCAGACUUUGUGAAGUCAGUGUCUUGCCAAGUGUGUGAACAUAUUCUGUCUGAUCCAGUGCAAACCCCAUGCAAACAUUUGUUCUGCAGGAUUUGCAUCCUAAAAUACAUUAAGCUCAUGGGAUGCUACUGCCCAUCAUGUAAGUACCCCUGCUUCCCUACAGACCUAACAGCACCAGUGAAAUCCUACCUCAGUGUCCUCAAUGCCUUAUUACUCAAAUGCACUGUGUCUGGCUGUGAUGAGGAGAUCCCUCUGGGAAAAUAUUCUCACCAUAUCUCCAAGCAUAAAGAAACCAAGGGAAAGGAGGCAUACGCCCACAUUAACAAGGGUGGCAGACCACGGCAGCAUCUGCUCACCCUAACUCGAAGAGCCCAAAAACAUCGUCUCAGGGAAUUAAAAAUGCAAGUAAAAGCUUUUGCUGACAAAGAAGAGGAAGGUGAUGUGAAGUCAGUGUGUUUAACACUCUUUCUUCUGGCUCUUAGAGCAAGGAAUGAACACAGACAAGCUGAUGAACUAGAGGCCAUCAUGGAAGGUAGAGGAGCAGGACUUCAUCCAGCUGUUUGUCUUGCCAUCAGAGUUAACACUUUUCUCAGCUGCAGUCAAUACCACAAGAUGUACAGAACUGUUAAAGCCACAACUGGGAGACAGAUCUUUCAGCCCUUGCAUGCGCUGAGGAAUGCAGAGAAGGCCCUGCUACCAGGUUAUCAUACAUUUGAGUGGAGACCACCUCUCAAGAAUGUUUCUACCAGAACAGAUGUUGGAAUUAUUGAUGGACUCUCAGGGUUGAACCGAUCGGUGGAUGAAUAUCCAGUAGAUACAAUCUCCAAGAGGUUUAGGUAUGAUGUAGCCCUUGUCUCUGCUUUGAAAGACAUGGAAGAAGAUAUCCUUGAAGGUUUGAAGGCACAAGAUCUAGAUGACUACAUGAGUGGCCCUUUCACGGUGGUGGUUAAAGAGUCUUGUGAUGGCAUGGGAGAUGUAAGUGAGAAACAUGGUAGUGGUCCAGCAGUUCCAGAGAAAGCUGUACGUUUUUCAUUCACUGUUAUGAAUAUCAGUUUUCCCAACAACAAUGGUGCUGUUUGGAUCUUUGAAGAGUCUAAGCCAAAUUCUGAACUGUGUUGCAAGCCUCUCUGCCUGAUGCUAGCAGACGAAUCUGACCAUGAGACCCUAACAGCCAUUUUGAGUCCUCUCAUUGCCGAAAGGGAGGCUAUGAAAACUGCUGAACUGUUACUGGAAAUGGGAGGAAUUCGAAGAAAUUUCAGAUUUGUGUUUCGUGGCACCGGGUAUGACGAGAAGCUGGUGCGAGAGGUAGAAGGACUUGAGGCAUCAGGCUCUAUCUUUAUCUGUACAUUAUGUGAUGCCACCCGUCUGGAAGCUUCUCAGAACUUGGUGAACCAUUCCAUAACUAGGAGCCACGGUGAGAACUUACAGCGCUAUGAGAUGUGGAGAAGCAAUCCACACCAUGAAUCAGUAGAUGAGCUACGUGAUAGGGUCAAAGGUGUCUCUGCCAAGCCUUUUAUUGAAACCCUCCCAUCCAUUGAUGCUUUACACUGUGACAUUGGAAAUGCUGCAGAAUUUUACAGAAUAUUUCAGCUUGAGAUAGGGGAGUUCUAUAAAAACUCCAGUGUCACCAAAGAAGAGAAAAAGAGGUGGCAAGCCACUCUUGACAAGCACCUGAGAAAGAGGAUGAACCUGAAGCCCAUUAUGAGAAUGAAUGGGAAUUUUGCCAGGAAGCUCAUGAGCAAAGAGACCAUAGAGGCAGUGUGUGAACUGGUUCCUUGUGAAGAAAGACAGGCAGCAUUGACAGAACUUAUGGACUUGUAUCUCAAAAUGAAACCUGUUUGGCGCUCCUCAUGCCCUGCCAAAGAGUGCCCAGAACUGCUUUGCCAAUACAGCUUUCACUCUCAGCGCUUUGCAGAGCUCCUGUCCACCAAGUUCAAGUACAGAUAUGAAGGCAAAAUCACCAAUUAUUUUCACAAAACCCUUGCACAUGUCCCAGAAAUCAUCGAGCGUGAUGGCUCCAUUGGCGCCUGGGCCAGCGAAGGCAAUGAAUCCGGUAACAAGCUAUUUAGGCGCUUCCGAAAAAUGAAUGCCAGGCAGUCGAAGUUUUACGAGCUGGAAGAUGUGUUGAAACACCACUGGCUGUAUACAUCCAAAUACCUCCAGAAAUUUAUGAAUGCACAUAAUAAUCUGAAAAACCAAGGGUUCACUGUAAAUCUAGACAGUCCUGAACAAGAGGAGAGGCUAGAAAGUUCUAUGGAGCCUUUAGAAUCCAUGGAAUUCUGACUUUAGCUUACAGCGUUACCAUUCUUGUGUUGGUCUCCUGUAUUCUAAACAUGUAGAGCUAAUCACUCAAAAACAAUUGAGGUUAGCUCCUUCCUACAUGUCUUAAGUGGCAGAUAGAGGUCCAAGUAGGACAGUUAGGCUGGCAUGUGCAGCUCUGCUGUUAUUCACAACUCCAAUGUCAGAGGUUAGAGUUGAUUGGUUGAUGCAAACUAGCAGUCAACUGAAGAUAUGUUGAAGUUAGCAAGACCUGGUGAUUCUCCACCAGAAGCAGAAGAUAAUGAGACAGAGAUAAUCAUUGUUAGUGUAUGGAAUGCCACUUUAUAGAUGGCACUGUUUUUUAAUAUAAAGGAACCUUUUACGUUGUGUCUGUAGCUAAAUUCUUGGAGAAGGUUGUGCUUUAGGGACAUUUUGGUUAUAUGGGUAGCAGUAAUGUUAAUACAGUAUCUAGGGCUUGUCUUAUUCUCCUUUGAGGACCAACGUUUGACCCCUCAUAAUAAGGUUACAUCAGCCAUAGGUUCAGUAAUAUCUAGGACAUGAGAGAAGUGUUCAUCUUGCUCCUAUGAUCUCCAAGAUGGGCUUUCUAGAGUUUCUAGAACAUCAUUCUGCCCAGAUCUGUUUCUAGAUGGUUUUCAGGUUGCGCUCACCAUCCCAUAGAAGGAAACAUAUCCACAGUUUGGGAACCAUUGAUGUACAUAUUGAAUAUUUUGACAGUGACUUCAAAUUUUGAUCCAGGUUUUGGUGGUCAGGAAACACCAAACUCUAACUCAUGAUACACUGUUCCAGUGAGGGGCAGUUUUAUGUCAGAUGGGUUUGUUUAGAUCAGAUCCAGUGAGUGAAGGGUGGCAAGCGGUGGCCUAGGUGGCAAUACUUUCAUGGCAACUUACACACAGUUAGAAACUUACAAGCUUCCAGAUGUAGCACAAAUAUAAUUGGAACCUGUUUACACAAUUCCUUAUUCACUUUAUCAACAAAUUACAAUAUAAGCACUUUUUUUUUAUAGACAUACAUGCAAUGUAUCAUGUUGCCCAUGCAAAACCUUACAUUUUAUUUGUUAUGGUUCAUUUUAGUGUUCUUCCAAUGUCAUUUUAACAGACUUUCAUGUUUAGGGAGCAUUGCAAUUUAUUUACACUCUACCUCUUCCUCACGUGCAGUCACUUUUUUUUGUUAAAACCUAUUUCAUUUAAAGUGCUUCAUAUUUUCUACCUCAUCCUAACUGGCAUUGACUUGUUUUGUGGUUUACAAGAUGCUGCCAGCUCUCUGUGCUGAAUUUCAGUUGGUGGCUAGAGACAGGCAGAUGAGGCAACAAAGACAUUUUUACUUAUUGUGUAUUUUGGUUGACUUAUAGGGAUUUUAUCAAGAUGUAUUCCCAUGCUUUUAAAGGAUAAGUAAACCUUUAAAACCUUUAAAAUAAGUGAAUGUAAAAUUGAUGAGGGGGCUAUUCUAA